AUGCAUUGGACGAGGGAUGUCCUCAAGCACUCGCCCUGGGAUCCCCCCAAGCACUCGCCCAGGGAUGUUGCCAAGCACUCGCCCAGGAAUGUCCCCAAGCACUCGCCCAGGGAUGUCCCCAAGCACUCGCCCGGGGAUGUCCCCAAGCACUCGCCCGGGGAUGUCCCCAAGCACUCGCCCGGGGAUGUCCCCAAGCACUCGCCCAGAGAUGCCCCCAAGCACUCGCCCAGAGAUGCCCCCAAGCACUCGCCCAGGGAUGUCCCCAAGCACUCGCCCAGGGAUGUCCCCAAGCACUCGCCCAGGGAUGUCCCCAAGAACUCGCCCAGGGAUCCCCCCAAGCACUCGCCCAGGGAUGUCCCCAAGCACUCGCCCAGGGAUGUCCCCAAGAACUCGCCCGGGGAUGUCCCCAAGCACUCGCCCAGAGAUGCCCCCAAGCACUCGCCCAGAGAUGCCCCCAAGCACUCGCCCGAGGAUGUCCCCAAGCACUCGCCCAGGGAUGUCCCCAAGCACUCGCCCAGAGAUGCCCCCAAGCACUCGCCCAGGGAUGCCCCCAAGCACUCGCCCAGAGAUGCCCCCAAGCACUCGCCCAGGGAUGCCCCCAAGCACUCGUCCAGAGAUGCUCCCAAGCACUCACCCAGGGAUGCCCCCAAGCACUCGCCUAGGGAUGCCCCCACGCACUCACCCAGGGAUGCCCCCAAGCACUCACCCGGGGAUGCCCCCAAGCACUCGCCCAGGGAUGCCCCCAAGCACUCGCCCAGGGAUGCCCCCAAGCACUCACCCAGAGAUGCCCCCAAGCACUCACCCAGAGAUGCCCCCAAGCACUCGCCCAGGGAUGCCCCCACGCACUCACCCAGGGAUGCCCCCAAGCACUCACCCGGGGAUGCCCCCAAGCACUCGCCCAGGGAUGCCCCCAAGCACUCGCCCAGGGAUGCCCCCAAGCACUUGCCCAGGGAUGCCCCCAAGCACUCGCCCAGAGAUGCCCCCAAGCACUCGCCCAGAGAUGCCCCCAAGCACUCGCCCAGGGAUGCCCCCAAGCACUUGCCCAGGGAUCCCCCCAAGCACUCGCCCAGGGAUGCCCCCAAGCACUCGCCCAGAGAUGUCCCCAAGCACUCGCCCAGGGAUGCCCCUAAGCACUCGCCCAGGGAUGCCCCCAAGCACUCGCCCAGGGAUGUCCCCAAGCACUCGCCCAGGGAUCCCCCCAAGCACUCGCCCAGGGAUGCCCCCAAGCACUCGCCCAGAGAUGCCCCCAAGCACUCGCCCAGGGAUGCCCCCAAGCACUCAGAUGCCCCCAAGCACUCGCCCAGGGAUGCCCCCAAGCACUCGCCCAGGGAUGCCCCCAAGCACUCGCCCAGAGAUGCCUCCAAGCACUCGCCCAGGGAUGCCCCCAAGCACUCGCCCAGAGAUGCCCCCAAGCACUCGCCCAGGGAUGCCCCCAAGCACUCGCCCAGGGAUGCCCCCAAGCACUCGCCUAGGGAUGCCCCCAAGCACUCAUCUAGGGAUGCCCCCAAGCACUCGCCCAGGGAUGCCCCCAAGCACUCACCCAGGGAUGCCCCCAAGCACUCGCCCAGAGAUGCCCCCAAGCACUCGCCCAGGGAUGCCCCCAAGCAAGCACUCGCCCAGAGGAUGCCCCCAAGCACUCGCCCAGGGAUGCCCCCAAGCACUCACCCAGAGAUGCCCCCAAGCACUCACCCAGAGAUGCCCCCAAGCACUCACCCAGAGAUGCCCCCAACUCACCCAGAGAUGCCCCCAAGCACUCACCCAGAGAUGCCCCCAAGCACUCACCCAGAGAUGCCCCAAGCACUCGCCCAGGGAUGCCCCCAAGCACUCGCCCAGGGAUGCCCCCAAGCACUCGCCCAGAGAUGCCCCCAAGCAAGCACUCGCCCAGGGAUGUCCCCAAGCACUCGCCCAGGGAUCCCCCACUCGCCCAAGCACUCGCCCAGAGAUGCCCCCAAGCACUCGCCCAGAGAUGCCCCCAAGCACUCGCCCAAAGAUGCCCCCCCAAGCACUCGCCUAGGGAUGCCCUCAAGCACUCGCCCAGGGAUGCCCCCAAGCACUUGCCCAGGGAUGCCCCCAAGCACUCGCCCAGGGAUGCCCCCAAGCACUCGCCCAGGGAUGCCCACGCUUAAGAUGAGUGCUCAGUUGUCAUGGUUUAUGGGACCUGUGGGCAUCUUGACCAUGUGA